UCCAAUAGUGAGUCAGAUCGAUGCUCCUACGUAUAAAUUGGCUCAGCACCUAGCGGGAGUCCUUUCACCAUUGCGAGGUGGCACCAGCUCUCAUACAAAGGAUUCUUACCAUUUCAUCAGUGAAAUUAGAGAUCUCACAUUAACUGAUGAUGAAAUCAUGGUCAGUUUUGAUGUUCAGUCGCUAUUUACGAAUCUACCGGUGAAAGACUGCAUUGAAAUUGUCAAGAAGAGGUUGAGAGAGCAGAACAUGUCUGAGAACUACGCCAAGUUGUUGGAACAUUGCCUCACAUCGGGCUACUUGCUAUGGAAUGGUGAAUUCUACCUUCAAGUGGACGGCGUGGCAAUGGGGUCUCCGGUGUCUCCAGUAGUCGCCGACAUCUUCAUGGAGGACUUUGAGGAGAGAGCGCUCUCAUUGGCUGCCGUCCAGCCGAAGAUAUUUAAAAGAAAACCUACUCAUACUGAUAGGUACUUAAAUGGCAAAUCCCACCACCAUCCCAGUCAACUAGCUACUGUAGGCAAAUCUUUGUUUCAGAGAGCCCAAAGAAUAUGUGACGACCAACAUUUGACCGCGGAGCUUCGACAUGCCAGGCAGGCGCUGUUGGCGAACGAGCUCAAGAUACCGCGUGUCAAGCAGAAGGCCCGUUUGAAGAUCCCUACAGUCGAGCGCCGGCCUGCAAUUCUCCCUUUUGUUAGAGGGGUCACAGAUAGGAUCAGCCACAUCUUGAAACGGGCUUCUAUUAAAACUUAUUUCAAGCCUAUGAAGAAGAUGUCCCAAUUCCUGAGGCCUGUGAAAUGUCAAACUCCUCUACAAAGCGCGGGAGUGUACAGG